AUGACAGCAAAUGGUGUUGAAGCUCCUGCACCACCACCACACUGGCCAAAGGAGUAUGUGAUCAGGCGGUGCUGGAUAUGUUUGGUCCAUUCGACUGAGAAAAGCCCUUAUGAUCAAGCAGGAGACGAAUACCGCACAUGGCAAGGCUUUAUUGUCUGGGACCAGGGAACAGCCGAGUGCCCCAAAGGGAACAUAUGCCGUUUGUGUCGAACAGUGUGGAGUGUGGGCGAAUGGAGUACAAAGUAUUCCACCGUGGCAGCUCUUCGGGCUGCAAAACGCUCUGAUCCAACCGUGCUUCACCCAUUUCUGGCUGAGCGACAGGAAUUGGUGAACAUGAAAAGUGAACAUCCUUCAGUUCGACUUCGUGUCAAGGGCAUCUUAGCAGCAAAAGUCCAAGUGCAGAUGUCACAGCUCAAUCAAUCGGGUCUUGAAGCGCCUCCAACAUAUUUUAUGGAACUAUGGCGCUAUCGUGAGCUCUAUGGUGAACCAGAUGCAUCGAUCAUUGUUGAGGAAACAACUGUGAAGCAGCUGGGUGUCAAUGUGGAGGAUGAAUCAAUGAAAGGUAUGCGCAAAAGGAUUCGGCGGACGAUCAAGGAAACCAGUCAUCGAACAGAUCUGCAUGACGGUGAGAUUGUGGUGAACAAGGAAGCUCCUCAGACCAUCUUCAAUGAGGCAACCAAGGCUUUGCACCAGGAUGUGGAAUCUGCACCUGCUGGUGCUACUCCAGCAACUGGUGAUGGCGCUGAAGAACAAGCUGGAGAAGAUGAUGAUGAAUGUGGAAUUGCUUCUUUGAUCAGUCUCUUUGCAGGAAAAGCACCAAAAGCAAAGGCAACAAAGCAAGUCAAGCCGCAAGCAUCUUCUCCUGCGAAGCCCACCGUACCAAAGCGGGCAUCUACUGCUACUUCAGUGCCGCCUGCCAAGAAGACCAAGGGCGCUGGCGCUGCUGCUCGUACGGCUCCUACGGCUGCUGCUGGCAAGGAAAACAUUGCAGAGAAUGCCAAUGCUGCCAAUGCUGCUGAUGACGUUGAACAACAAGGUGAAGCUGAAGCUGCAGCUGCAGUUGAAGCUCAACCCAUCAGGAAGCGGGGUCGCAAGCAGCCAGAUCAAAUGGAGACUGAGGACAAGAAAGCUUUGGAGGAACUUGAGAAUGAGCUGGAGGAGAACCAUUUCUUGGAGCCCACUUCGCCAGAUGACUUCACCUUCUACACCAAGGUCCAGAAAGCUCUUUCAAAGCUGCAUACCAAGUACUCCAACAAAAUCAGGCAACUUCAGCGCCGACGAGGUGAGAACAAUGCGACUCAGCGCUUGUUCGAUAAGUUUGGCAGGAAGUUGAAGCUGGCCAUUGACAUUGUGAAGGCAUUUGCUAGUCAGGAUGGUGAUUCAUUGAAUGAGCUGCUCACUGCAAACCCUGAAAUCCCAAUCAAGAUGAACAAUCUGGGAUACAUGCACCGGAUCAAGUUGCUUGCAUUCGCAGAUUUGGCAGCUGGACGUUGGGAUGCGAUGGAGAAGAAUACCUUCCCAAUGUUGAAGAACUUGCAUGCCUCCGGUGUAGACAAGGGUAACAUGGCCAAGCUGAUCAUCACCACAAUGUUUCAGCGUCUCUUGAAGGGCAAAGGAUCCGUGGGAGUAGUUUCUGCAAAGACUUUGUCUUGCAGAUCCGUUGACUUUGUGAGGGACUACAUCAAAAAGAUUCCACUUCUGGCUGAAGGCCUCUUGCCAGCUACUGAUGUGCUUUUUGAAGAUGCGGCUUUGAUCCACGCAUUGCUGGAAGCAGACUCUAAGCUUCCAGGGGAGGUUGCGAAGGCAGUUGCUUUGGCAAGGGCGACUACUGGGAAGUCAGCUGCGGCUGAGCAUCCUUUGCUUGCUGUGAUUGCUUCGCUUCCAUGUGGGAAACAACUAGUUGACCUUGCAGGAGUUGCGGCUGAGAACCGCAAAGAGCUCUCUGACAUGGAUGCUGUUCAAGAAAAGCUCAACUCUUUGCCUGUGGGUGCUGACCUGAUCACGCUAGACACAAUCAAUGAACUGCAAGCUACACAAACCAAUGUUGCAGAUGUUGAUGCCAAAUACAGAACACGGGCUGACUUGCGCACUGCUCGCAAGGAGUUGCUUGGCAAGAUGCAAGACAAAUUGUCAGAAGCGAUGAAUGCUCACAUCAAGCUUGAGCUGUUGCCAUUUACCGACAACAUGACCAAGAUCAUUUCUGACACCUUGACAGCAGGAACCAGUACCUUUGCUUGCGAUCUGCCUCCAUCCUGGCCUAUUCGCAAACUUGAGAUCAACAGCGUUCCAUUGAAGAUGAUCAACACCUACCAUGACAGUAUCGCUUUGAUUGCAAAGAGCCUGAACAGCCUGAGUGUGGAUGAAGCAGAAACCACUCAAUCCACAAUCUCAAACAUUGCAAAGGAAGCAAAACUUCUCUGCACCAGGAACGAUUCUGUUGGGGCAACUGUGCUCGGCGAGCCAUGCAGGUUAUCGCUACGCAAGUUCAUUAGCACGGUGGACCAAGUCACUGCUGCGCACCUGAAACCUGUUGCCCAGAAGCACUUGGAUGAUUUGGCUGACCACUUCAGGCGAUUCCUUCCCCUUGCAGCUGCCGACAGCAAAGCUGCUCUAGAAGAUGAAUCGCUGCAGAGCACCAUCGCGAUUGCAUCUGCGCCCUGGAUUGAGGUACUUCCACCUGUGGCAUUUGCAUUUGCAGACGCCAAGAACGUCUUGGACGCAGUCACGACCAUUGCCAUCUUGGCUGAAGGCUUUGCAGCUACCUACAACUUUUCCAAGGAUGCUACCACUACUGAUGUCAAGCCGUGUUUGAACCUUGCAAGUCACUUUGGCAUUCAGAGUCCUCUGUUCAAUUGUGAUGGUGGCGCAGAAGAUCCAAUUGACGACAAGACCAUGGAAACCAUCAUUGGUUUGGCAAAUGCUGUCUUUGAUGUGUUGCCAAUGUCAGAUGGUGAAGCCAAAGAUGACUUUGGCAAGAAGUUUGUGGUUGUCAUCAGGGGCAUUACUUCGGUGUUGCGGGAAAGCUGCAACAACGCUGUGCGCCCUGCUUCCAAUGCUGCGCAAUCCUUGAGAAGGGAGCUAGCAGGGAUGGCAUUGCCUGCAUGGGAUGAAACCCUUGGUGGUGAUGUAAAGCAUGCUGACAAGACCUUCUUGGACCUGCUGAACACUUUGCAGCUCAACAAAAAAGUCACGCUAAAGGUCAUCGAAACGAUCAACCAAUGUGCCAGCGUUGCGGGGAAAUUGAGCAUUCCAGCUAGUGCCAUUCCAGGGUACACCGAUGUUGCUCAGAGGCAGAAAGAGCUGCUGAGCCUUAUGACUACCGGCACUUUGUUGAAAGUGCUGAACUCCAGUGAGAAAGACGAGGAAAAGAAAAAGAAGAUCAAUUCCAUCAUGCAGAUUGUCAAGGAUGAGUCUUUGAGCGUUUCACCAACGAUCCAAGCAAGGGCAACUCAGAUGUGA